AGGUAUAUCAUCAGUUAUAAGCGCGACACUUUACAGGUAACACGGACCUUAUAAUAGGUGUCAUAGAGAGGGAAGGCAAACCUACAGGAUUACAAUGGAAACUUUAAUGACAUCACCUCCAGCCAGUAAUACUGCUACUGAUAGAAUUAACACAGCGUUAGCAACACUCAGGAGUGAAAUGGCUGACCUUCGUCAACAAGAUGUGAUGUUAAUGAAACAGCUCAUACACAUCAACGACACAAUCCAGAGUCUAUCUAAGCGACGACCAAGUUCCCAUAGACCACUGAAAAAGAAAUUAUCAUUUGUUAAUGGACGGAGAGAAUUUGUUAACAGUGAUGAAUCGAUUCCAGAAAAUACCUCACACAUCCAGCAAAAACGAAUGACGUGGAGUUUCGGCGGAUCCUUCGGUAGUAUCGAUUCAUCCAGUUCGACCGAAGACAUGGGAUUUAUGGAUUCAGAUAGUGAUGAUAGUCUUUAUAGCACAGAGCAAAACCUCAGCGACUCUUUAACCUCUGUAACGUCGAGAUCCUUGUUCAUUGCAAAAAUUCCAGAAACGGAUGAUCAAUCAUAUGAAGAAAUUUUCAGAAGAAAUAUCAAAUUAUGGAAAUUUUCUAAGUCAGAAAGCUUUGAACAUUCAGUUGUAUCUUGAACAUUGAUGGAAUCGAUUGGAUACCUUUCGUCGUGUUAUGGAACAUUAACAUGUAAUAUAUGAGCCUGACGCCAAAAUCAUGCUCAGACUUUAGUCCCGAUGUUUACCACUUCUGUAUUCAGGACUAACCCUGCAGCUUGAAUUGUUCAUGUUAUUAAAAUAGUGCAACAAGGAUUUCACAUCGUCUCCUGGAUUCUCAAAAUGACAGACUAAAGGAAUCACAGAGCUUUAUCCUCUGAAAAACCCGUUUACGUCACAGCAGAUCCGUCUGAGGAGGUGUCUCCCACAGAACGUACAGCAAUAUCAUAUUUCCGCAAUAACUGUCCAAUACAGCUAUCCUCAGUGUUGGUAUUAGUACGGACAAAUGGGAAGAAUUUAGUGUGUUUUCUGAGUGAUAGACGGUUACAAAUGAACGUACAUUGCAUGUAAGAAACAGGAAUAAGACUGUACACUAGACGUGAUCUAUCAUAUUAUACGGUGCUAAGAGUCAAUGGCAGCAAUUGUCAACUUACUCUAAAACGUCAAACAAGUCUAUACCAUUAUUGCUCAUUGUUGCUAUCAAGAGUGGGAGUGUGCGUAAGAUAGACGGGAACGUGACGCCCCAUAAGUAGUGUAGGUUUAAUGUUGAUCCAUACAGUCAUGCUGUUUAUGUUAGAAAGUAAAACAAAUGUUUGACGUCUAUUAUCGAUCUGACGAUAAGUAUGAAUGGAUGGGAUUUUCUGUUUGCUAAGCAUUAUUUUGUCGACAAUUUGUUAUCGUAUGAAUGUGUUUAUACCAUCAGAAGAAUGUACUUGAUUGUAUAUCCCUGGACGUAUUUGAAUGUUUAGAAUGUGUUAUCAUACCGAAUGAGAUCAGAGCAAAUAAAAAAGCCUAAACCAA